GCAGCGUAUAAAUCUGUUCAGGCUCUUCGAAAAUCCUUUGAUGUGCUGUCUGGAUACAAGCGAGGGAAACCAUCGGAGAAAAAAUGGCUCGUGAGAAUUAUCUUUUUAGAGACAGUUGCCGGGGUACCAGGUAUGGUGGCUGCCAUGGUGAGGCAUUUGAACUCACUGAGGAGAAUGAAGCGUGACCAUGGAUGGAUACAUACUUUAUUGGAGGAAGCUGAGAAUGAAAGAAUGCAUUUAAUGACAGCAUUACAAGAGGAUGCAAUGAUGCGGGAUGUGAUAGAAGUGAUACGAGCGGAUGAGGCUCAUCACCGCGUAGUCAACCAUACGCUGGGAUCUCUGGAUAAGGAUGCCAAAAAUCCAUACGGCCCUGGACAGUAA